AUGUCCGGGCGGCUAGCCAACUACCCCUGGCCAGUGAACUUUUAUUAUGGAAAAUUCGCAAAACAUAGUGAGGAUCCUCCACGAAAGUUCGUGUCCAAAAAACAAAGAAAGGAAGUUCUCAACCGUCAAGUAAAGCCAGCUGCAGAUGUGGCCAGAAUUCUGGAUGAGGCGCAAGUUCCCAAUCUUCUUUGGGGCACGAUGGCCGCCUGGUUAAUUGGCGACUGGAGACCUUAUAAUGAAGAUAUUCAAUUCUUGGUUCUUGAUCAUCUGAUUCAGACGGCCUCUGAUGCCUUAUCCGCUGCUGGAAUCGCACCUUGCACAGACCCUGAAUGCGCGGUCGUAAGAACGGUGCACAAUGAUUGGCUUGUUCCUCCGGUGCAUUUUCAUGUCAAGGCUCUAUAUCCCGAACACGACGUGCUACGGCUGUACUCCAAAUCGACCUAUCUUUGGUGGCUUCCAGACUUUGGGACAUCCGCCCCUGCUGCAGACGAUCCCCACUUGAUACUUUCCAAUGAUUCUCGACACCCACCAUAUGUAUUCAACGGAAUGUCAGGUCCGUGGACUGAGGUUUAUCCAGUUAAGGUUCUCACCCGAAGCUCUUUCACUGAGGCGGCCUUGUGGUUGUUGUUUCGAGAUUUUGAGCAUGCCAAUGGUUUGUAUUUUCAGUGGCUCGACUUGAUAAUUGUAGCAAAAACGCACCCGGAAGGAAUAACCCUCCCCCCUAGGUUCCAAGCUAUGUGGACAGAAUUUACUAUCCCCGAAGAACAGCGUACGCGAAGAAGAUGGGAACCAGUGGUCGAACUUAUGGAAGAAAUGAGGGCUAACAACGAAGUGCCGCCUCCACCUCCCAUUAAUUGGUUUGGGUCAGUGAAGAUAGCUGAACAAGCUGGCCGUUGGUUCUGA